CAUAGUGUCAGGUGGCACCACUCAACAUCGGAAAUGCAUUGCGUAUGGUAUAUUUUGCAUACCCACUCUUAUCACCUGCGUGUGUCAAUCAAUCUGAAAGUGUGCGCAUUGAGCGACGCGAGAGAGCGAUGAUCAUUGGCGAGAUGGGCAAGGAGGGGUGGGACGUCAGAGAAUGUCCUUCCCGGUUGGACAAGAGAGCGUGGCUCACGCAAGUGUCAAAGAGACUCUUCCAAGUUCCGAAGCUGGAUGCGUUCAAUUAAUUUGGCAGAAAAGGAUUGAUACACAAUUGCCAUUUAUAAGGUGCUGGACAGAGCCACGAGGGGACAAUGUCUGACAGCAGUGGUGCUGCCAACAGCAAUAGCUGGACUGUCCUCACAGCUGAGGAGACUGUUGCUGAGACACUGAGGCCUGUAGAGGAGGGAACAGAGCACCAUGAAGAUACACCCAGUCAUACUGCUGCAGGGAAACCUACAGAGAGUAGGCCUGGGGAGGAUGCAGUGUCUGCUGAAGAGUCUCACUCUGUGAAGCUACAGCAGGAGACCCAGGAAACACAACCAGAGAGAGACAAGGAUUACACCCCUGUUGUAGAGAGUCCCACCCAUGACCUUCCCUUUGACCCUGCCCUUGACUCCACCUCUGCUAGUGUUGCUCCUCCGAGCUCUCUGUUAGAAGUCCCCGCCCCCACAGGCCUUGACCCAGAUACACACAGCCAAUCCAGAAGCCUCCCUGGGAACCCAGCCCCUCCCAUCUCUGACCCUGAUUCGUUCUCUGACUCCUACACCCACAUUAGCUCCUCCCCCGACCUUGAAGAGCCCCCUGCCUUGCUGCUCAACACUGAGCCACCGGAAGAGGUGGGGCUUGUACAGGAAGCGGAGGGGUAUAUACAGGAUGUGCAUCAUCAUUAUGAGGAGGGGCUUGGGCAGGAAGAGGAGGAGUCUGAUCUGUCUGAGGUCGGGGCCAAGACAGACUCCCAUCUGGAAGCAGAGGUGGUGGGGGAGGAGGAAGGGGUGUCAGGGGUGAGGAGGAGGAGGGGGUCUCUCCUGGUGGCUCUGGAGCGGAUCGGAAGGAAGGAGGAGGAGGGGGAGGAUGAGUUCCGGAUUCCGCAGCAGAGGGAGCAAGAGGAGACUGGUUUCUCUCUCAACAAGUGCAUCCUAGGAGCUGUCAUACUGCUGGGCCUCGGAACCAUCUUCUUCUCAGGUGUCUUCAUGGACCUGGAUGGUGAGGGGGACUAUGAUGCCAGGGAGCUGAGAGAAACAGAGGUGGUGGGAAAACAGGAAUGGCUGAAUCCUGAGGUUCCUCUUCCUCUUGACAGUACAGACCAACUGAAUAAACUGGCUAAAGAAGACCCACGGAUAGCUGUACUGCAAGCCCAACUCAUGGCACAGAAAGAGGAGCUAAAAGUAGCCCAGAAGGAGGCGGAGGAUGGAGGGAAGGAGAGAAAGAAGAGAGAGGAGGUGGAGAAGGAGCACGGUAGGCUGAAGAAAGAGAUGACAUCACUCCCUGUCCUUCAGAAGGAGAACGAGAGGAUGAAGAGAGAGCUGGAGUCUGUUCCUGUCUUACAGAAGGAUCUAGAGACACUCAGAGCCACAGUGACUGAACUAAAACACAGCACAGCCAAAGAAGCAGCAUCACCUCCAGUCUCUGCCUCUGUCCCGCCCCCCUCUGGCCAAGCUGGGGAUGACAGCCAGAACACAGCCGGAACGAUAGAGAGGGAGGGCAAGAAACCAGGGAAGGGAGAGAAAACAGAUCAAAAAGAGUUGAAGGAAGAGAAGACAGAUUGGAAUAAGGGAGGGAAGACAGAUUGGAAUAAGGGAGGGAAGACGGAUUGGAAUAAGGGAGGGAAGAAGGAUUGUGAGGUAGAAAAAGAGUGGAGAAGUGGAAAAUAUGACCAGGAGAAAGAAGGAAAAGAGGAGAAAGAGUGGAAGAAGAAAGAAGACAAGAAGGGAGAAUGGAAGAAAGAUGAAUCUAGCAGAGGGGAUGAGGGCAAACCAUGGAAGGACAGAGGAAACAAGAUGGAAUGGAAGGAGAAGAGUGAGAAAAAAGACUGGAAGGUGGAGAAAGAUUGGAAAAAGGGAAAACCUGAAAGAUGGAGUGAUAGCAAGGAGUGGAAAAAAGGCAAGGGUGAGCAGAAGGGAAAAGAGGAGAAAAAUCAAAAGAAAGGAGGUUGGGUUGAGUGGAAGGGAGAGAAGAAUGGGAAUGAGGACAAAAAUCGAAGAAAAGGAGGUUGGAAUGAGGGCAGGGAUGAGUGGAAGGGAGAGAAGAAUGGAAAAGAGGACAAAAAUCUAAGAAAAGGAGGUUGGAAUAAGGGCAGGGAUGAGUGGAAGGGAGAGAAGGAGUGGAAGAACGACAGGGAUGACUACAAGGACCUUGGCAAAGGAUGGAAGGAGAGAGGAGAGAAAAAGGAGUGGAAGGGAGAGAAGAAUAGAAAAGAGGACAAAAAUCUAAGAAAAGGAGGUUGGAAUGAGGGCAGGGAUGAGUGGAAGGGAGAGAAGAAUGGAAAAGAGGACAAAAAUCUAAGAAAAGGAGGUUGGAAUGAGGGCAGGGAUGAGUGGAAGGGAGAGAAGAAUGGAAAAGAGGACAAAAAUCUAAGAAAAGGAGGUUGGAAUAAGGGCAGGGAUGAGUGGAAGGGAGAGAAGGAGUGGAAGAACGACAGGGAUGACUAUAGGGACCUUGGCAAAGGAUGGAAGGAGAGAGGAGAGAAAAAGGAGUGGAAGGGAGAGAAAGAUUGGACAAAGAAAGACGUCAGUAAAGAGUGGAAGAGUAAGGACAACAGGAGAGAAAAUGAGUGGUCUGAUGGAAAUAGAAAGAUGGAAGGCUUGAAGGAGAGAAACGGUGGAAACUGGGAAAAGGACAGAGGGAAUGACAAGUACGAGAAGGACCACCACCACUACUCUAAGGAAGGGCAGAAAGAGAAAGAGAGGAGAAAGAGAGAAAAGGGCCCUACCCAAACCCACCGCAGACCCCCCCUUGAGCAACCUGACUACUGGAGUCACCAGAGAGAACGACUGCAGCACAAACCCAACCCUCAAACCCACUGCAGUUCAGUGGAGGCCUGCGCCCAGGCAGAGGGGCUGCUCCCUGUCACCAUGCCGGAGUUUGAGGCCCUGCUCCUGGGUUACCUGGUCAAGGCAGAGAGGGUGGGGGUGGAGGCCUCCAAGAGGGAGGAGCUCAGUAAGCUAACCAAGGAGUUCUUCAGUGACGGAGUGUUCGUUCAUGACCAGAUGAGCUUCAAGGACUUUGUGGAGGAUGUGGAUGACAUCUUAGAGGAUAUGGUGGAGGAUGAGGAGGUAGAGGAGGAGAUGGAUGACUUUGAGGAAGAAGCCAUGAACAGGUUUUCAGUUCUAGGGGGAGGAGAGAGGGAGAAGUGGAGGAAGGGGAGUGGGAGAGGACGGGUAUGA